AUGCCGCGGAACCGGGAGCUGAGCAUAAGGAAUUCAGGGCAUGAACUGUACGUCCGGCAAUACGGUGGCACGCUCAGCGAGGAAGUGCUAACCAAAGUAUUCGGCCGGUACGGUACUGUCAAAAGGGUGAAAAAUUUGAGGAACCACUCGUUCGUGCAAUUUACCCGCCGGAAAGACGCCCAAUCGGCUAUGGAAGCCUUGGACGGCGCCACGGACGUAGUCACUGGUGUUUCCAUAAACGUUCUGCGGGCCAAAUCGCGCGUGACUCAACAGCACCGGGAACGCAUGCCGCGAAACCGGGAGCUGCGCAUGAGGAAGUCGGUCCAUGAACUGUACGUCCGGCAAUACGGUGGCACGCUAAGCGAGGAAGUGCUUACCAAAGUAUUCGGCCGGUACGGUACUGUCAAACGGGUGAAAAAUUUGAGAAACCACUCGUUCGUGCAAUUUGCCCGCCGGGAAGACGCCCAAUCGGCUAUGGAAGCCUUGGACGGCGCCACGGACGUAGUCACUGGUGUUUCCAUAACCGUUCUGUGGGCCAAAUCGCGCGUGACUCAACAGCACCGGGAACGCCUGUCGCGGAACCGGGAGUGGCGCAUGAGGCAAGUAGCCGGCGGACGAAGUUCGUAUACUGCCGACGUUCAGGAGACUAUGAAGUCGUCUGACACUGUCCCGACCACGUUCUGGACCGUCCUUGACCCUGACGUGAAGCACGAACUUUGCUGUUGUGGUUUUAGCGGUCAAGGGCUCGACUGUCAAUUCCAGAAACAAUCGGACGCUCCGCCGCAGUCGCGUUAUCUGUUGUACUGUAAACCGGGAGCACCGAACACAACCAUCUGCUGUGACGUCAACGAGAGCUACGAUCACGCGCUUCGUCGUGUCCGCGCUGGCGAUCUGUACGAAAGCGGCGAAGAAAUACGUCCGCUUGUCUUCAACACUUUGGGAUUCGAUGACCGACGCGGCGACCGUGGGGAUUACGAGGCCGCAGUUCGGAGCUGCAUUGAUGUGGACUCCAUAAUUUUGAAGUUUUUCUAUAAUUCCGUCUGCGGUGGUACCACCACGGAUAAAUAA